AUGCUCAAACGCGCCAACAUCGAAGAACUCGCUGGGACCUCAGGACGACAGAAUCAUCAGGCUGCCGUGCCGGGCAUGUCCGCCUCCGUCGCUGGCUUUGAGGACAUCAGAUGGCAACGAGCUCAUCAGGCGCUGGCGAACGCCAGAGCAGCUCAACUUGCCAGCGAUGAGGAGCGCCUUGUGCUUCCCUUUGUCAGCGGAGCUUUGUCGGAUCAGGCCGGUGUCGAAGUGUCAUCAGCCUCUGCGGCAACUAUGCUUGAAGGCCGGAAUUCGAUUUCUCUGUCUCCAACCGACACGACCAUGACACAUAGAUCCACUGGCCUCACAACACCCUCGCUUGACGGUUCGCGUUCGGAAGCCUCGACAGCAUCGAGUAAGCAGCGUGCUCAAGAGGCUUCCUUUCCCGCGGACCUACUUCACCCCAGCCAAAGGCCCAUCUGGGAUGCAAUCAUAGGCUUGACAGAGCAGAAAGAUAAACAAGACGGUCUGCCACCACGACCAUUGAAUUCAUUCUUGCUCUUCUCGCGCUAUGAGCGCCCCAAGCUCAACCGCGAGUAUCCUGGCGUGAAGACUGCCGAGCUUAGCAAGCAUCUCAGUCAACGAUGGCGCAGCUUGAGCGAACACGAGCGCGAGGUAUACACGGUUGCAGCCAAGCAGAAUAAAGAGCGAUUCAAGGAAGACAAUCCAACGUAUCAAUAUGUCAGACGUAAGAGUAGCAACGCUAAGCGCAAGAUCUCGCCAAGUGAGCCAUACGGGGCCGUCCGGAAAUCAGCAGCAACGAAAUCUGUGCCGCCGACUACUCAGCAUCGGCAAGGUAUAUCGGAUGUUGAGCCUAUACCAGGUACACUCAGCGCGCCGCCACCGCCUCACGCUAUGCAAUACCGCACUUACUCGUACUCCGCGGCCCCACAAAGCGAGCUUUCUGAAGCCAUGCCAGCAAUGCAUCCGACGCCUGUGCCGCAGUUUCGCGGUCGGCCAGAGCUCCAGACUAGCACUCUGCAUAUGCACAACCCAUCAUUGCCACCUGCAAAUGCACCAUUCAUCAGUGACAUACGAACAUCGGCGUAUCCUUCGUCAGAUUAUUCCAUGUACGACCAAUCGGACUGGCACCGUGCGACACAGCAGCUACAGCAGCCGCAUAUCCAGCCGAUCUUGACGCCACAACAAACAGCACCACCCUGUCCAGACAUUACAGGACAAUCAGCAGAGUACGAGGUCUCCCUUCCGCAAUCCUCACUACUGUCGGCGCCAUUCUUGGGCCGCCCUUCCCCGGGUCCAUACGGACAGCACUACCAGAUGCCGAGGAUGAUCACCAGAGAUCGUCCCGAGCAGAAUCCGCACCAAGCAGGUGCCGAUAAUGCCUGGGCUCAUUCAAGAGCCUAUCCCAUGCCUUCAUCUUCAGCAAACCAUUCAGGCGAACUGCCGGCUGCUUACGGCAGCCACUUCCAACAGCCGUCUCCUCAGUACCCGCCAGGAUACCCGUCGGUACACGGAAGUCAAUCUGGCUUUCGUUACUGA